CUCAAUUUUUCUGCUUUUGAGAUGAAUAUUGAUUCACAAAAUCAUCCUAGUAUAAAGUAUAGUUGUUGUAGGAGUAGUAUCUUUGUACGAAGAAUAUAAAAUCACGAGAAAAUAACACAUCACAACUAGAUACGGUGUCCGUGUAACCUCCUAGAGAGCCUUUAGGGGUGGACGUGCCACUGCGAAGGCUAGCCCGUACACAGGACGGCUAGUUGCAGGCGGAUUGCAGCUGACACAGGCGGGUCCCAGGGAAAAUCUGGCCGUAGAUGUAGCUUCCAUCUCCCGAUCACAUAGUCUGCAAAAUCACGAAGCUAACCAGAAAUCCAUAUGACACAGAAAUGAGCAACAGUGACAACUGCCAGAGACAGCAAUAGUAGUUUUGACCAAUCCAUGUUUUGAGUCAGGAUCGAGUCUGUACGAACUCACACACAUCACCAUGGCAGACGUACGCGAACAGGACUGUCCCAAAAAACUCCCCGCGGUCACAAAAGAAACGCAACACGACAACACCAGUCAGAACAACAACCGGCACAGCGAGGAAAAUCAUCAGAGCGCGCAACAGAUCGCCAAGUCGUCGUUGGCGCAAAACUCCGGCGAUUCCGACAAUCCGAGCAAAACAGGAAGUAUAGAAGAGAGCGUAACAUGUCAAUGCGGCGGCGAUCCAACCAAUCAAGAAGUAGUACAAGCGAACGGCGCGGAAUUUUCCGCCAAAAAAGCGACGAAUCUACACCUAGAGUUGGACCUAGCCACAGCGAUUAUAAACAAACACAAGGAAAGCACAAGACAUUCGAGAAGUAAAGAAGACGCAGUACCGUCCCCUAAGCAGUCUUGGCUCCUGAGACUGUUUGAGUCUAAGAUGUUUGACAUGUCCAUCGCCAUAUCUUAUCUGUAUAAUUCUAAGGAGCCAGGAGUACAGGCAUAUAUUGGGAACAAGAUGUUCAGUUUUAUAGAAGAGGAUGUGGACUUCUACCUGCCUCAACUGUUAAACAUGUACAUUCACAUGGGGGAGGAUAUGGCCGAUGCACUGCACCCGUACAUAGUGGCAAGGUGUCGAGGAGGCAUUAACUUCUCACUUCAGUCGUCAUGGUUACUGGGAGCUUUCUCGGCCGAUGCUAGACGACACUCAAGGGGUAUCAAGUUGCGUAAGCUGAUACUGUCGGAGGAACUACGCCCCGUCCGUACCAAACGAGAGGUCCUGAGGCUCCCGAGUCCGACAAGUCCGACAACUUCUCCCACAAAACGCACGCAUCAGCGCUCGCGCUCAGACUUCGCUGCAGCCGCCCUGCCCAGUAUCAAGCGCAGUAACAGCAUCAGCAAGGUCACCACGGGCGACCUCACCACGGGCCGCGCCUUCGACUCAGGCUGUACCUGCUUCGACAGCUCCAUGGGCGUCAUGAACGACCUGUUCGGGAAACCCACGGAGUGCGUGUGCAAUGCCCCCCGGCUGCAGCCCAUGCGGGAGUUCAUCAACGCCCUGAUGGCCAUCGGCAGCAGACUGCAGGGACUGGCAACCAGGGAACUCAGAACCUCCCGGUUGUAUGCAGAGCUGUCGUUACUGAACUUGAACUUGCCCGCCCGGGUCUGGCUGCCGUGCCACCCCCCGCAACAUCACGUGGUGCGGAUACCACACUCAGCAGCUGUCGUGCUCAACUCUAAAGACAAAGCUCCAUACCUGAUCUAUGUGGAGGUUCUGGAGUGUGAAAAUGCCAACACCUGUCCUGUUCCUACCAAGAUUCUGGAGAACACACUCAGGUAUACGAGAUCGGAGGAGAACCUCCAGGAGUAUUUCAACUCGGACAGUCCGGUCCACGCCUUCACGGUCCACCCCAACUUCGACCAAGACGAUGACUGUUGGUCACAGGAUGACAUCGACCUGCAGCUGCAGUACGGAGACACACAGUUGGAGUUAGACAGGGACGAGCAUGAUGAAACAGUCCAAAGCAGCCCAGGAAUCGUCAGUAGUGACGAAGACACAAAAACUGACGAAGCUAAACCUACGCAAAAGAAAAUAGGGUAUUAUAAUCAGAAAUCGGUGUCCAGCGACAGCGUGUCGCAGUUUUCGAUCGAGAGCUCAACGAGUAACGACAGCAGAGAGCCGCAGUACAUCGCAGCCGCGGACGUCAGAAGAAGGCUGUCUGAAAACCUGACGACUCCUCCGACCAAGUUCAAGCGUGAUCCAGAAGACCCGUCGGCAGCGGCUCUCAAGGAACCCUGGGAAGAUAAGGUCCGCAGAAUCCGCGCCACGUCUCCGUACGGACACUUCCCGAACUGGCGUCUUCUGUCCGUCAUCAUCAAGUGCGGAGACGACCUGAGACAGGAACUUCUCGCUUUCCAAGUCCUCAAACAACUACAGAACAUCUGGAAGGAGGAGCAUGUUCCCCUGUGGGUCCGUCCGUACCACAUCAUCGUGACGUCAGCCGACAACGGCAUGAUCGAGCCGGUCCUGAACGCGGUCUCCCUGCAUCAGAUCAAGAAGCACUCCCAGCUCUCGCUGUUCAACUACUUCCUGCGCGAGUUUGGAGACACAAACUCGGAGGAGUUCCUCACGGCGCAGAAGAACUUCGUGCAGAGUUCGGCGGCGUACUCCCUGGUGUCCUACCUACUGCAGGUCAAAGACAGACACAACGGGAACAUCCUACUGGACAUGGAGGGUCACGUGAUCCACAUCGACUUUGGGUUCAUCCUGUCCAGCUCGCCGCGAAACCUCGGUUUCGAGAGCUCGCCCUUCAAACUCACUCACGAGUUCGUUGAGGUGAUGGGUGGCCUGAACGGAGACAUGUUUAAGUACUACAAGAUCCUGAUGCUCCAGGGGUUCAUCGCAGCCAGGAAACACAUGGACAAAGUUGUGCAGCUCAUCGAGAUCAUGCAGACAGGUUCGCAGUUGCCAUGUUUUAAGAACGGGGUGAGCACUGUGCGGGGGCUGAGAGAUCGCUUCCACAUGAACCUGACAGAGGAGCAGCUGCAGCUGUAUGUAGACAGCAUGGUGGAGUCUAGCAUCCACUCCCUCACCACCAAGCUUUACGACGGGUUCCAGUACAUCACGAACGGCAUCUUCUAAACAUCCAACACUUUCAUCGCCAAGGGGAUCUUCUGAACAGAUUCAUCAUCAAUGGCAUCUUCUAAAAAAGUUAUUCAUUGGAAUUGGAAUCUUUUUAAACUCCAUAUUUACCAAUGGAAUUCGAAUCUUCUCGAACACUCACAUCACCCAUGGCAUCUUCUGAAAAAAUCUUGACUACAGUCGGCAUCUUCUAAAAAACCUUCAUCAUCAACGGGAUCUUCUGAACAGUUUCAGCACCAAUGGCAUAUUCUAGAAAAGUUUCUUCAGUAUCCACAGCCUGACUACCAAGCUGUAUGAUGGGUUCCAGUACAUCACAAAUGGCAUCUUCUAAACUCUUUCAUCACCAAGUUGAUCUUCUACAAAACUUUUAGUAUCAACGGAACCUUCUAAACAAACCUUAAAUGUCAACAGAAUUUUCUGAACAUUCAACACUUUCAUCGUCAACAUGAUCUUCGGAACACUAUCAUCACAGAAGGAAUCUUCCAUCAUCAACGGCAUAUUCUUAAAAACCUUCAUCAUCAACGGGAUCUUCUGAACAGUUUCAGUACCAAUGGAAUCUUCUACAAAAGUUUCAUCCGUAUCCACUCCCUCACCACCAAGCUGUAUGAUGGGUUCCAGUACAUCACUAACAGAAUAUUCUAAACACUUUCAUCGCCAACGGAAUCUUCUACAAAAGUUUCAUCUCCAGGAUAUCUUUUGAAAAAUUUUUUAUCAUCAAUGGAAUCUUCUUGAAAUCAUUCAGCAUCAAAGGAGUCUCCUAAAAAAACACCCACAGCCUCACAGUAUGACGGAGUCGAGUACAUCACAAACGGAUCUUCUAAAUAACUUUCAUCAUGAACAGUGUACAGCAGGUUCCAGUACAUGGCCAACGGCGUCUUCUAAAAAAAGUUUAUCAUCAACGGAAUCUUCUUAACAUCCAACACUGUCAUCAAUCAUCAACAAUCUUAUCAACAGUUGAAUCUUCUAGAACACUUGCAUCACCAACGGAAUCUUCAAGAAAAAUUUUUAGUAUCAACAGAAUCUUCUGUAUGUAGAAUCAAAACCACCAUACUAUUCAGCUGGAACACUUAACAAUGAUGCCUGAGCUCCUAUCCUUU